AUGGCACGAAUAUUUACUGGGCGUGAAGGGUUUACUCUGCGGAACUCCCUCACGCGAUCGUCGUCGCCGGGAACGACUCUUCAUGCCUUUAUUCGAUGCCGUUCGUUUGGAACGGACGUCGAUGCCGAAUAUUUGAACGAGGUGGGGCGAACAUCAUCCAUUUUAGUCUCCAAGCAAGGAUACUCCAGAUAUUCAUCUACUCGAGGAUUGGACACGUGGCAUUUCAGAAGGAGUAGCUUGAAAUUCUUUGGCCAUGACCUCAUCCGUGGUGGAGGAACUCGCUGCUCAGCAAACGCGCGGAUGCUCUCGGUGCUUUCUUCUCCAGCUGCGAGGUAA